UAGUUUCCCGCCACUCACCUUCUGGCACAAGGCGGCCCACUCAAACGGUUCCACGAGCAUUUCUCUUCCCUUUCCCCAAGUUACCCAAAAAUGUCUAUAUGUUUCAAAUGUAUCUAUCACGUUAAUAACUUCACGUCACAGUCGACAACAGGUUGCCCCUGCUCGGCUUAAGUCAAAGUAAAUUCUGGAACAAACUCGGACCGCCACCAGCCCCGCUCAAGUCCGAGGCCGGCCCUUCACUCCUUCUUCCAACUCUUGGGCCUGACUCGCCCGACGGGGGACACGUAGUGCUCAAGGUCAUACUGCUUCAGCGUGUACACCCAGGUCCCGAUGCAGAAAAGGCUCCCGCCUACGAAGACAGGCAGGCCGUAUUUCCCAUCGAAAUCGGACUUCUUCGCAUGCAAGUGGCGGCUGGCGGCCGCCCGCGGGCCGCGGCGCACCGGGAGCCUGCUCAGGGCGCUCCGCACCAGGGCGCUCCGCACCAGGGCCCACAUCCCGGAGAGCUGAAAGCGCGCACACGGCAACGGCCCGAAUCGGCAGUUGUCCCGCGCCCCGCGCCCCGCGCCCGCUCUGACGGCGCCACGUGCCUCGGCUGCCUCUCCCGGCGCUCUGUGCGCGGCGGGGGUGGGGCCGGAGCGCCCCCGGACGCGGCGAGCGCGGGCGCCUUCCAGCCCCGGCCCUGCUCCUUCUUCCCGAGGGCGUCGGCGGAGCGCCGACCUUUUUGGUCUUAGUAACCUUGUCCGUAAAACUCGGGGGCUGUGCUUAGGGACCUCUGCUCCCGAGAUGGGCUCUGCCCAUCUAUUCUUUCCAGCCUUCCGCCAUCUAAUAGACUCUGACAAGGGGCUUCUCCAUCACCUCGGCUCCACUCUCCGAGCGCGGCUGUGCUGCUCACCGACGGAAGCACACGCCGUUGUAAAACCCGACGUGCGCAAGCAGUCAUGAAGCACCUACUGUGUGCGCACACAGGAGGGACAAAAGACGCGGGAAAGAGCUCACAGUCGAUAUGCCAACAAAUGAGGGAUACAAAUUUAGAAUUAGAAGGAACUCUAGAAGCCAAUAAGUCCUGACCUGACCUCCUUAAUUUGGAGAUGAGAAAGCAAAGGCAAAGACCUUCUGUGAUAUCUCAACAAUAAAGCAGAAUCUGAACUAUGGUUUUCCAGCUCUAACUCUGUACUCUAUAUAUUAUUCUAUACUCUCCCCAAUAGAAUGUAAGCUCUUUGAGGAAAGAGAUAAAGAAAAUUCUAGCCGAAUGCUCCUCCAGAAGAUAAGGGAGCAGAGUAAUCACCCUGAAUCUAUUGUUUUAUUCUCCACAAAGAUGAAAUCCCAAUCUCAAAAUCCCUCU